AUGGCCGUCGUCGUAUUGCAUGACCGACAAGCACACGGCAGCAUGAUCACCAUACAUACAUACAUACGGAAAUUGAAAGACCGGGGGGCCAGAAUAUUCUUUUGGAGUUUAGCAACGAGUUGGGAAGCCUUCCAAGUCGCGCCGGACGCGUUGAAAGAGUUUCUAUGUACCGCCAAGUUUCCGAUCGUGAACGAGGUGAGGUGCCAUGCGCGGGUGAUUAAAUUUGCACAAAAGAUACCUUUGUUCUUUCGAAUUUGCGUCGUCGCUGACCCUGACGCUGCACUCGUACCGGCUGUGUCAGGGAAAAAAACAUACGGAACGUCCCAGGAAGAGGGUCGUGAUGGGAUCGGUAAAAUCUCCGUGUAUGCAUAUGAUUCCAAAAAGGAUUCACCCUCACGACGACGCCAUGAUGUUGCACGCACGGCGUCCUUUUUUCGUAAACGCCUAUCAGCGAUUCCAGUUACCGCCAACCAAGUGACGGCAUGGUGGACGCGUGCGGAGCCAGAGCCCCCUCCCGGCGGUUCAUCAUCAAAUUGAACCCAUAAGACUCCCAUCGAGGUCGUCCAGAACCAAAUAGCCUAAAACCCCCCAAAUUCCAAUUUACGACGAACUUUUUUUUUUUUUGAUAAUAAUGCUGAUGGAGACCGGGCGUCAUCGUUUUCUCCUCCCUCACACAUGCCCCCCUCACCCGACUAAGGUGUCCCUCGGAAAGUCCGUAUUCAAUGAAACAUCUAAAGUACCGCGGUCAAUGUUCUGAAGCGAGAAUAAUGGUUAGGACCAGCCGGGGUGAUGGUCCCGUAAUCCAAAGGUAUGAAUUUUAACCUAGGACCCUAAAAGAUUUCUCCCAAGCUUGCCGUUUAAGGGCCGCCCCUGGUGGGGAAGGCAAGUAUCUAUUUAGACGGGGGUGAGACUACAAAAGUAUGUACUGA